ACAGCAGGCAGCGCGAUGCUCUCGUCCGUCGCCCCGACCGCGGGCCCCGGCAGCUGCCUGGCCAUGGAGCCGCGCUGCGCCGCGGGGCCGCUGCAGAUGCGCUUUUCCCCCUACGCCUUCAACGGAGGUACUGUCCUGGCAAUUGCUGGAGAAGAUUUUUCAAUUGUUGCUUCUGACACUCGAUUGAGUGAAGGGUUUUCAAUUCACACCCGGGACAGCCCCAAAUGCUACAAAUUGACAGACAGGACGGUCAUCGGAUGCAGCGGUUUCCACGGAGACUGUCUCACCCUGACGAAGAUCAUUGAAGCACGACUGAAGAUGUACAAGCACUCCAACAACAAGGCCAUGACCACCGGGGCCAUCGCGGCCAUGCUCUCCACGAUCCUCUACUCCAGGCGCUUCUUCCCCUACUACGUCUACAACAUCAUCGGGGGACUGGAUGAAGAAGGGAAGGGAGCUGUGUAUAGCUUCGACCCCGUGGGGUCCUACCAGAGAGACUCCUUCAAGGCUGGGGGCUCUGCCAGCGCCAUGCUGCAGCCUCUGCUGGACAACCAGGUCGGCUUUAAGAACAUGCAGAACGUGGAGCACGUCCCGCUGUCCUUGGACCGGGCCCUGCGGCUCGUGAAGGACGUCUUCACCUCUGCGGCCGAGAGGGACGUGUAUACCGGGGACGCACUCAGGAUCUGCAUCGUGACCAAGGAGGGCAUCCGGGAGGAGACCGUUCCCCUGCGGAAGGACUAACCUGCAGGGGGCGGCGGCCUGGCUGGGCAGGCCCUGUGCGGGCAGUUUCAUUAAAAGUAGCCACUGGGCCUGUCCCUCCCUCGCUGUCUGUGUGCUGAGCCCGCAUGCGUGUCCUUCCCCUUGGCUCUUCUCUCAUGCUUUUCUUCCAGAGCUAUUUUUGUAUUUUAAGGUGAAAAACUAAGUGGGCAUAUCAGUUUUUCCUGACAUGUGUGAGGAAAAAUCUUACUGGAAAAGUCGAUGUUUCUGAUGAACUCGGGGUGGCUCAGCCCGUUGCGGGGAGGGUUCUUGGGACGUCCUGAGCCUGCGGGUUCUGCCUUUCAGCCGUCUCUGACUUUCAGGGUUUCUCUGGUUCCAAAUGGAUAUUGUUGGGACCUUGCGUUGCUGGAAUUGCAGGGCCGUCUAGAAAACACAUCAUUCGGAAGAAAACUGUAGAAGCAAAUAGCCCUUUAAGUGGGUCUUAGACAAAAAUCUGUGGGAAGUUUUGCAGUUUAGGAAUGUAAAAGUUGAGACCUAAAUUUUGAUAGCGCUGAAGUGGUUUUUCUUUUAGAGACAUUAAAUCCAUUUUAACCCCGUUACAUACAAUGUGG